CUCCACCACCACCACCCCAGUCUCCCCAGUCUCCGGGUCCGUCGGCCGCGGGCCGCCCCGAUCCUCCCGGGACCCCGGGGGCGGGGGGGGAAGGACUGGGGGCCUGCCCCCCCGCUCACCCCUGCCCCCGCCGUCAUGAUCCCCUCGCCCUGACCCCCGCGGGGGGAGGGCGCCGGGGGUCCAUGCGCGCAGCCUCCGCGCUGCCCGGCGCCGGCCACUGACGGCGGCGGGGGUGGGGGGGCCGGACUCCCGGUCUCCUGCCCCACCCCCUGGCGUCCGCACCGCGGCCCGUCGGGGGCCGCUGCCCCGGGCUGCGCCCGCCCUGCCGGCCAGGCCCUGGAGGGACCCGGGAGCUGCCGCCGGCAUCAGCCCAUGGCCCGGAGGUACGAUGAGCUGCCCCACUACCCAGGCAUCGUGGACAGCACUGCAGCCCUGGCUGGCUUCUCAGAGGCAGUGCCCUCGGCACCGAGAGCCCCGGGGCCCUAUGGCCCCCACCGGCCUCCCCAACCCCAGCCCCUGGGCUUGGACAGUGAUGGCCUGAGGAGGGAGAAGGAUGAGAUCUACGGACACCCGCUCUUCCCGCUGCUGGCCCUGGUCUUUGAGAAAUGUGAAUUGGCCACGUGCUCGCCCCGGGAUGGGGCCGGGACUGGGCUGGGGACACCUCCAGGUGGUGACGUAUGCUCCUCUGAUUCCUUCAACGAGGACAUUGCUGCCUUUGCCAAGCAGGUCCGCUCUGAGAGGCCCCUCUUCUCCUCCAACCCGGAGCUGGACAAUCUGAUGAUACAGGCCAUUCAGGUGCUCCGUUUCCACCUGCUGGAGCUGGAGAAGGUCCACGACCUGUGCGACAACUUCUGUCACCGCUACAUCACCUGCCUCAAGGGAAAGAUGCCCAUCGACCUGGUCAUCGAGGAUCGGGAUGGCGGCUGCAGGGAGGACCUCGAGGACUACCCGGCCUCCUGCCCCAGCCUCCCGGAUCAGAAUAAUACAUGGAUUAGAGACCAUGAGGACAGCGGGUCUGUACAUUUGGGGACCCCGGGUCCAUCCAGUGGGGGCCUAGCCUCCCAGAGUGGGGACAACUCCAGUGACCAAGGAGAUGGACUAGACACAAGUGUGGCCUCUCCCAGUUCCGGGGGAGAGGACGAGGAGCUGGACCAGGAGCGGCGGCGGAAUAAGAAGAGGGGGAUCUUCCCCAAGGUGGCUACUAACAUCAUGAGAGCCUGGCUGUUCCAGCACCUCUCGCACCCAUACCCCUCGGAGGAGCAGAAGAAGCAGCUGGCGCAGGACACAGGGCUCACGAUCCUGCAAGUCAACAACUGGUUCAUCAACGCCCGGAGACGCAUCGUGCAACCAAUGAUCGAUCAAUCCAACCGCACAGGGCAGAGUGCAGCCUUCAGCCCAGAGGGCCAGCCCAUGGGGGGCUACACGGAAGCUCAGCCACACAUGACUGUCAGGCCUCCAGGUUCGAUGGGAAUGAGUUUGAACUUAGAAGGAGAGUGGCAUUAUCUAUAGAUUCAGGACAAGUACCCCAGCCUCCGGACUGUGACCACUAAGCUCACACCUGGUUCCGGUCCCCGCCUGGCCCCCUGACUUCAGGACCCCACCUCCUAAGGUCCCCAACGCAAUGCCUACCUCCCUGGGGCCCCACCGGGACAUGGGGGCCUGAGCGCCCACUCGAGGGUCUCUCAAGGACAAAGACAAGGCCCCUAGGCCCUGCACCCCACUUCUGCCAUCACCUCUGCCUGGAGCCCAAGCUGAGAUCCCAGGCCCAGGUCUUCAGAAGAUGGUGACUGGGGGGGUCCCCCGCCUCCAGGCUAGAGAAGGGACUGGCAGUGGGCUGCGGAGGUCAGGGAAGGAGGGUCAGCCGGAUCCGACAUUUGGAAGAGGUCCCCUCGUCCUGCCAGCCUACUCCCCGCCCCUUCUCUCCCCUACCUCCCUUCACUGACGUCUUCUACUUUUUUUUUAAUGAUAAAAUCUUUAAAAA